AUGGUUCGAGUUUCAGUUUUGAGCGAUUGCCUUAACAAUAUUGUUAACGCCGAAAAACGAGGGAAACGUCAGGUGAUGGUUCGUCCCUCCUCAAAGGUCGUUGUCAAGUUUCUUCGUGUAAUGCAAAAGAAUGAGUACAUCGGCGAAUUUGAGGAAAUUGACGAUCACCGUUCUGGAAAAAUUGUUAUUCAAUUAAAUGGUCGCUUGAACAAAUGCGGUGUUAUCUCACCUCGUUUCAAUGUCAAAAUUGAGGAUAUUGAAAAAUGGAUCAACAAUUUAUUGCCAUCACGUCAAUUUGGUCAUUUGGUUUUAACCACAAGUGCUGGCAUCAUGGAUCAUAACGAGGCAAGACGUAAACACACUGGUGGUAAAAUUAUUGGUUUCUUCUACUAA